GUGACUGUUCUACAGGAGGUGUGUCUCAGAGUAACAGUGAGGCCAGCGGUCCUCUGGGGACCAUCCAGACUGUAGGGAACCUACACCGCGUCUCUCUGACCACACACAACAACACAGGAUUAUGGGAAAUCAAUCUUAACUCCCUAGAGUCUUACUCACUGAAGGUCAUAGGUCAGAGCUCUGUUAAUUUCGGCUACCAUUUCGUGGAGGCUUUUGGCGGUGCUCAUGGAGACUUUGGCCUCAAAGAGGGCCGUCCUCUCACAGGCGAUAACAUAACCCUGCUGGUGUCUGUGACGGGGGGUGACUCUGUCACUGUGACGGCGGUGGCCCUGGUCGAGGCCUUGGGGUCAGGGCGGCGGGGACUUCCUGGUUACCGUGGCCAGAGUCCCACAGGGGAGUUUGUGGUGCGUCUGAGGGGAGAGAGCAAUAGCGCCACCACCAAAUCAUCACCUAGCCUCUUCCAGAGACAGGCCUCCACUCAGAUAAAGACUUCCAGCAUCUCUGUUACGGCCCAGGCUGACAGUACUCUAGAACCCGGUUCUACCAUCUCUGUCCCCUUCACCGUGGCAAUGGCCAACGGAACAGGAGGAGCUUUUACCGUCCGAGCCACGAACGACCGCGGCUUCACUUCCUCCUUCCCCGCCAGUGUCUCCAUUGUGACCGGAGAGGGAGUGGCCAACGGUACGGUGACUCUCACGGCGCCCGCCAGCACCCCAUCGGGAACGGACGUCACCUUGACCAUCGAGGCAGAGUCCGCUGGAGCAGCAGACUUGAACUACGUCAUCCUGCGUCUCUCUGUUGUCAGCAAGAUGACAGAUUUCACUCCUCCCCAGUGUGGGGUGGUCAGCGUCUCGUCCAACUGCCCGGCUGACUGCGGUGCCUCUUACUGGCAGCUCUCUGCCAACCUGACCGAUGGUGCCAACGGGACUGGCAUCGACCGAGUCACCCUGCGCCAGGGCAACGGGACCCUGAACACUUCUACAGAGGUGGGCAUCGGGGCGAGAACGUGACCCGGAUUGAGUACAGCGCCACCUGCUGUUCAAAGAGGGUAGAGCUAGUGGUAGUUGACAGGGCAGGCAACGUGGGUGUGUGUCUGGGCUCAGUAAAGGACUCUGUGGGGGUGGUUGUGAACUCUACAGCACAGGCCUCUGUCACCAACACUACAGCUGUACCUGUAGUUAGUACUGCAUCUACUGGAGGGCCACCUUUGACUCUGUCCCUGUAUCUAAGGAUCUGUGUGAUGCUUUCUCUCCUCCUGUGGAAUAGAGUAGAGCUGUAGAGUUGUAUAAUAGUUCAUGUAGGUAGAUGUCAUGUGGAGCAGUAGAAUCAUUGCAAAGAGAGUCAAGUCAUCAGACAUUACCGGUAUGUAUAUGUUAUGUUGUACAAAAAGACAGGGUGGAAAUGUGUAAUGAACUCUGUCAUAAUACACUGUGGGAACUCUGUCAUAAUACACUGUGGGAACUCUGUCAUAAUACACUGUGGGAAUUCUUGUCAUAAUACACUGUGGGAACUUGUCAAAAUACAAUGUGGGAACUCUGUCAUAAUACACUGUGGGAACUCUGUCAUAAUACACUGUGGGAACUCUGUCAUAAUACACUGUGGGAACUCUGUCAUAAUACACUGUGGGAACUUGUCAAAAUACACUGUGGGAACUCUGUCAUAAUACACUGUGGGAACUCUGUCAUAAUACACUGUGGGAACUCUGUCAUAAUACACUGUGGGAACUCUGUCAUAAUACACUGUGGGAACUCUGUCAUAAUACACUGUGGGAACUCUGUCA